AUGGUACUAGAAGCGGGCAAACCCACGCUUGAGUCCACCAAUACCAAAAGCCGCACUAGGCCGGACAAUGUCUUCUGCAGCGCAGAGAUGCUAACGGCAUUCAUCUACUGUGACGUCGAGGAAGAUCUUCGCCCUGUCAAUACUGACCAUUUCCCCAUUAUCAGUAUCCUUAACCUCUCAGUAGACCAGAACCCUCCCACGCAACGCUGGAACUUCCGCAAAACUGAAUGGCCAGCCUUUCGUGAAGCCCUUGAAGAGGAGCUAGGGAAGAUCCCACCCCCCAAAGAAAUCCAAUCGGCGGACGAGUUCUACACCCGACUUAGACAGAUCCAACAGAUUCUGAUCCAAGUAGUCGAAAACAAGGUGCCCAAGACUCACCCUUCCCCAUUCGCCAAACGCCGGUGGACUGCAGAACUCAACGUCAACAACAAGAAGCUCAGGAAGCUCGCAAGAUCAGCAAAGCGAAAGCUAUCCACCCCAGAGGACCCCAUCCAUGAAACCUACCGAACCGCCCGCAACAACUUC